GGUGAAGAUGAGAACCAUAUAAAGGUUGAAGCUACAGAGGGAGGAGAGGCUUACCGUAUGGACGGUCGGCAGUCUAAGAAGGAGGAGAUCCCUAUAGUUCCACUAAUGUGUUCACCUAUCUCAGAAAGACACCCUGUUUGGUCUCCGGACAUUGUAACCGAACACAACAUUGAUGUCCAAGAUUCUUCUAGAGAUAUUCUUACUACUCAAGCUAUAUCUCCAGUUCUUCACAAAGUUGAUUUAUCAUCUGAUCCUUCUAAUCACAAAGAACAUUUUCCUGAAGUUUUCUCUGUUAAGACUGAAACCCCCUGUUACAAAAAAUAUACCCUCAGUCCUGUACCCUGGAGAUCUAUCUUCUGAUCCCUCUCAUGACCUGUCCCAUAUUUCUACCGGAAGCACAGGUCAAAGAGGAGGGAAAAGGUUGUCAUGUUCCGUAUGUGGGAAAUGUUUUACACAGAAAUCCAAUCUCAUUGUGCAUCAGAGAAUUCACACAAGAGAGAAGCCAUAUUCCUGUUCGGAAUGUGGGAAAUGUUUUAGUCACAAGUCAAAUCUUGUUCAACAUCGGAGAAUUCACACAGGCCAAAGACCACAUACAUGUUCCGAGUGCGGCAAAUGUUUUAUUAAAAAGUCUGAUUUGGUUAAGCACCAGAGAACACAUGGAAUGGGAAUGCCAUUUACUUGUUCAGUGUGCGGGAAAUGUUUUUCCAUGAAGUCAGACCUUGGGAGGCAUGAGAGAAUCCACUCCGGCCACAAGCCCUUCUCAUGUUCUUACUGUGGAAAGUGUUUCACCCUCAAAUCCAAUCUUCUUACACAUCAGAGGAUCCACACAGGAGAGAAGCCAUUUUCCUGCCCUGAGUGUGAUAAAGCUUUUACUCACAAAUCAAAUCUUGUUCAGCACCAGAGAAUCCACGCAGGAGACAGGCAUGUUCCUUACACUGAAUAUGAUGGAAACCGUAAGCGAAAUCCACCAGAGAGAUGUCCCAGUCCUCUCUACUUCCAGGAUGGUUCAGAGAAAAAUCACAAUGCUCCUCAGGAUUAUCAGAAUGAAGGUUUCCUCAAUAUUAAAGUUGAAGAUCUAGAUGAUCAUCAGUUUGAGACGGAACAUCCUUCUGAUAUCAACGAAGGUGAACACAUUAGUGGGACUAUAUCAGAAAGACACCCUGUUUGGUCUCCAGACAAUGUGAUUGAACACAACAUUGAUGUCCAAGGUUCUUCUAGAGAUAUUCUUACUACUCAAGCUAUAUCUCCAGUUCAUCACAAAGUUGAUUUAUCAUCUGAUCCUUCUUAUCAUAUAGAACAUUUUUCUGAAGCUUCAUCUGUUAAGACAGAAAACCUAAUUACCAAAAAUAUACCUUCAGUCCUGUACCCCGGAGAUCUAUCAUCUACUCCCACUGCUGACCUGUCCCAUAUUUCUGUCGGAAGCACAGGUCAAAGAGGGGGGAAAAGGUUGUCAUGUUCAGUAUGUGGGAAAUGUUUUACACAGAAAUCCAAUCUCAUUGUGCAUCAAAGAAUUCACACAAGAGAGAAGCCAUAUUCAUGUUUGGAAUGUGGGAAAUGUUUUAGUCACAAGUCAAACCUUGUUCAGCAUCAAAGAAUUCACACAGGCCAAAGACCACAUACAUGUUCCGAGUGCAGCAAAUGUUUUAUUAAAAAGUCUGAUUUGGUUAAGCACCAGAGAACACAUGGAAUGGGAAUGCCAUUUACUUGUUCAGUGUGCGGGAAAUGUUUUUCCAUGAAGUCAGACCUUGGGAGGCAUGAGAGAAUCCACUCCGGCCACAAGCCCUUCUCAUGUUCCUACUGUGGAAAGUGUUUCACCCUCAAAUCCAAUCUUCUUACACAUCAGAGGAUCCACACGGGAGAGAAGCCAUUUUCCUGCCCUGAGUGUGAUAAAGCUUUUACUCACAAAUCAAAUCUUGUUCAGCACCAGAGAAUCCACGCAGGAGACAGGCAUGUUCCUUACACUGAAUAUGAUGGAAACCACAAGCAAAAUCCACCAGAGAGAUGUCCCACUCCUCUCUACUUCCAGGAUGGUUCACAUGAAAAUCACAAUGCUCCUCAGGAUUAUCAGAAUGAAGGUUUCCUCAAUAUUAAAGUUGAAGAUCUAGAUGAUGAAGUAGACACAUUCAUGAGGGGUAAUCAUCAGUUGAUUAAGAUGGAACAUCCUUCUGAUAUCGACAAAGUGCUUCCUAGACUCCCCCUCUUAGAUUCGGAAGGUGAAGUCACCAGGAAGGAACUAACAAACCUCAUGAAAACGACUCCUGCAGGUGAACCAUUCAAUGGCAGUAUUUCAAAGCGACACUGUGUUUGGUCCCCAAAUGAUGGAACAGAACACAAAGUCCCAGAAGAAGUUUUUCCAAGAGAAAAUAUACUCCCAGUCAUUGAAAGUAAAGAUCCGCUAUCUGGUGCUUCUCAAAACCUCAUGACCCAGGAUAUAUCACCAGUGCUUUACAGUGGAGUUCUGUCUUCUGAUUCCCCAGAUCAUGUGGAGUGUUCUCCUGAAGCUUCAUAUAUUAUGAAACAAAAUAUUACUCAAAGUAUACCCCCAAGUGUGUAUAGUGGGGAUCUAUCAUCUGAACAGUUGGAUCAUUUUUUGGAUCCGACCAACAUUUAUAUUCAAAGUACAGGUGUUAUGGGGGGUAAAAUGUUUCCAUGUUUAGAAUGUGGGAAAUGCUUCACAAGUAGAGCAACUCUUGUUGUGCACCAGAGAAUUCAUACAAGCGAGAAGCCGUUUUUGUGUUCGGAAUGUGGUAAAGGUUUUAGUCACAAGCAACAGCUUGUUGAGCAUUGUAGAAUGCACACAGACCAAAAACCACACUCAUGUUCAGAGUGUGCAAAAUGUUUCGCUCUGAAAUCAGACUUGGUGAGACAUCAGAGAAUCCACACAGGGCAGAGACCAUUUUCUUGUUCAGUGUGCGGGAAAUGUUUUUCCUUGAAGUCAGACCUUGGGAGGCAUGAGAGAAUCCACUCCGGCCACAAGCCCUUCUCGUGUUCCUACUGUGGAAAGUGUUUCACCCUCAAAUCCAAUCUUCUUACACAUCAGAGAAUCCACACAGGAGAGAAGCCAUUUUCCUGUCCUGACUGUGAUAAAUCUUUUACUCACAAAUCAAAUCUUGUUCAGCACCAGAGAAUCCACGCAGGAGACAGGAUGUUUCCCUGUGACCAAUGUGGCAAAUCUUUUAGUCAAAAAUCCAGCCUUAUUCAGCAUCAGAAGAGUCACUUGGAAGAGAGGCCCACAUUACUGUAUUCAGACUAUGCAAGGUAUUUUCUACAGAGGCCUGAUCAUACCUUUCUGGAAAAUUUGUCAGACAUUAGGAUCUGUCCGAAACCAUUAUAUAUGGAGGACCAAAGUCUCCCCACGUCACCAGAUGGAUCUAGUAAGAGCAAUACACCAGAGAGAUGUGAGAGUCCUUAUUAUUCUCAGGAUUGGUCAGAGGAAGAUGAGGAUGACGACCCACAAGAUGAACAGGCAGGUAACCUGGUUAUUGUAAAGGUGGAAGAAACAGAGGGUGAAGAGGAGUAUGCAAGGAGUGAAGUGCAUUACAAUGGGGAUUACCUUACAGAUAUCAGCCAAGAUGGAGAAAGUAAUAGUAAGACCUCAGAUUUUAAGACUGAAGAGAACGAUGGAGAUUACCCCAGUAGUCCAACUGAUUACCCUAACCAUGAAGAUGUUUGCCCAGAUACAAAUGAUGUUGCUGAUACAUUCUUUUCAUGCACUGAAUGUGGCAAGUGUUUUAACCAAAGAAUAAAUCUCAUGAGACAUCAGAAGAUCCACAAAGGAGAAAAACCAUUCCCAUGUUCCAUAUGUGGGAAGUGCUUCACCAACAAGUCUGAUGUGGUUCGGCACCAGAGAAUUCAUACUGGGGAACGGCCAUUUCCAUGUCUGGUAUGUGGAAAGUCUUUUUCGCAGAAAUCUGUUCUCAUACAACAUCAGAGAAUUCACAAUGGUGAAAAGCCGUUUUCGUGCUCUGAAUGUGGCCGUUGUUUUACACAAAAAUCUAUUCUUAUUAAACAUCAGAAAGUUCACGCAGAAGAACGGCCAUUUUCCUGUCCUGUGUGUGGGAAAUGCUUCACAAGGAAAUCUGUUCUUCUCGAGCAUCAGCGCAGCCACUUCUCCGAGAAUCCCUUCCCUUGUUUUGAUUGUGGACAGUUUUUUCUGGAAAAAUCUGACCUUGAAGAACAUCAGGUGAUUCACAAUAGUGAGAAGCCUUUUUCAUGUUCUCAGUGCGAUAAAUACUUUAAAUUCAAAUCUGAUCUAGUGCGACAUGAGAGAAUCCACACUGGGGAGAAGCCAUUUUCCUGCUCGGAAUGUGGGAAGUGUUUCUCUCAGAAGUCUGAUGUUGUCAUACACCAGAGAAUUCAUAAAGGAGAGAAGCCUUUCCUGUGCAUAGAGUGUGGAAAAUCCUUCACACAGAAGUCUGUCCUCCUCAAUCAUCAGAUUAUGCACACAGGACAGAAGCCCUUUUCCUGCACCGAAUGUGGCAAGUUUUUCACUCGGAAAUCCAAUCUCAUUAAACAUCAGUCCAUGCAUACGGGGGUUAAGCCAUUUUCAUGUUUGGACUGUGGUAAAAGCUUUACGCGAAGAUCUCGUUUCCUCAAACAUCAGGAGAAUCACAGAAAACCUGACGAGAGCCAGAGACAAGAACUCUUGUAUGACAAGACCGAAAUUCAUCAAUAGCAACCUGGGACCUAUGCUGAUAUGUCUUUCACUCAGUGUUUCUAACCGGUGACUCGACUUCCUCAAUAUGAGGAUGUAUUCUUCUGGCAGACCAGAAACCUGCUAAACUGAACUUUCUGCCUUUUCCGCAAUCAAACAGAUUGAUAAAUUGCCUUUUGAAGGAAUUAACGAAAAUUAUCCAGUCCUCCAAACCUUGACGCACACUAAAAUGUUAUGAUUGUCAGGAUUGUCCCACAGAAGUCUUGUGAUCUUUGUCAAAUUUAUUGUAUGAUGUUUGGAAAGAUGUCUACACUGUUGACUCAAUGGAAUUGUAGUGUAUAUCUAUGUCAAUAUCUAUUUCAUGUUAAAUUAAGUAUACUGAUUGGAUUUUAUCCUGCUCUUCUAUGUGUAUUCAGUUUUACCAGUCCUAUAGGUGACUUCUACGCAAUGAUCAUGAGGGGAAUUUUUUUUUUCUCCGUUUUGCACGAGCCAGAGUUGACUUAAUUUAUCAAGCAUUUCAUGUUGUAUGAUAUAUCAAAUAAUACAUGUCUAAAGAUGAUACCUCAUGUUUUAUGCCACUCAUUGCCCAAGUUUGCCAGUUUUUUUCACUUAGUUGAUAAAUCUGGUGUACACCUAAUUAUCGGUAAUAUGGCUACCCACACCUACUUUUCCACCCAGAGGGGCACAAAAAAUGUUUUACAGCAGAAAAUCAACGCAUAAGUUUCUCCCCAAAUGGUUUUGUCCCAGCACAAAUCCAACCAUAAAUUUCCUCCCAAAUGUUUUGGGCUUCUGCAUAACCAGUAUCCAUAUACCUGCACCACUGGUUAUCACAGAGAACCAUAAAAUAGGUGGUUUUGUGAAAAAGUUAACUAUAGAAACUAUAUAAAUCCACAAAAUAUGUGUAAUUGUACAGACCUACAGAAUGAAGUCAAAGGGCAUCUGUCAGCAGAUUUGUACCUAUGGCUGACCUGUGGUAUGUACACUUGGCAUCUGUGU